AUGAUCAACUACUCAGCUUGCAUAAUCAUUCUCAGCUUAUUCGCUACAAAUGUUUCUGCUUAUGUUGUAGGAUCUGGAGUACAAGCUAACCCUAACGGUUGCUUAUCUUGUAAUCAACCUGUAUAUGGGCAAUGGGGCCAAUGGGGACCAUGGUCUGCUUGUGCUUAUGAAUAUGGAACCAUGUCACAAACUCGUCAGCGUAUUUGCACUGCUGCUCAGUGUGAAGGAGGAUCAUCCUCUGAAUCUCGACCUUGCCAACAAUACCAACCAUCUCCAGAAUGGGGUACUUGGGGAGCCUGGGGAACCUGCAGUGCUUCUUGUGGCGAUGGAAUUUGCACUCGCUCACGUCAGUGCAACAAUCAAUGCUCUUCAUGUGGGUGUGUUGGAAACAGUGUUGAAUCCAAGCCAUGUAACAUCCAGCCAUGUUGUGAAUGGGGACAGUGGUCUGCUUGGACUGAAUGCAGCGUUUCUUGCGGAACUGGAGGUUACCGAUCCAGAAACCGUCGUUGUACCUGUAUAACUGGAUGCCUCGGAAACUCACAAGAACAAGAAUCAUGUAAUGCAAACAUUCCCUGUCCUGUUUGUAACACAUGUCAACGUGAUCCCGUUCCAUGUACUACAUGUAACCAGCCAACACUUCCCCCAGUAACAAUGCCACCAUGUUUGACAUGUAACCAACCAUGCUUAACUUGCGGCGGAAACCAACCCUUCUACGAUCCCUACAGCCGUAGAAAGCGACAACUCCGAAUGAUCGCAUCAGCAUCAUCUUCCAAUUCGACUAUGCCAAAAUCAGAAUAA